CACUGAGAUUCGGGAGCGCGCGUUCCUCAGCUGUGCUUAGUCACGCUGAGUUUCUGCUUUCUGUAUGAAACACACACACACGCUGAAGUACACAAUAGCACACAGUAACACACACACACACACACUGUCACCGAGAGCCGUUUCCGAUGAGCUGACUUCCAGUCACCAUGGAAAACAGAUCAACACCAUUAAACUCAUGAAAGGAGUCUGAAUGACACACAUGUGACAGGUUUCCCAUUGUACUGCAUUCUGACAGGUCUCGUUCUGACACUGUAAGACUGUAAGAUACUUCACAGUCAAGGGACAUCCGGCCCUCAGUUUCAGAUGCUGCCUUUAGACUCAUUUGUCUACACCUUAAAGUCAAACCUGCACAGAAAGACGGUUUCACUUCACAUGCUCUAGAAGUUUCUCUUCCACUUGAGGAAGAGACACAAAUAUGUGAGCGACAGACCGGUUGGAUUCUUCUCAGCUGACAGGAGCUCUUCCUGGUUCAUAAAUUCCCCUGUCAAAUCAAACAGAUUAUGUAUGAAAUGGAGAAGUGUGACAGACCCAAACCAUCAGGAGAUUAUAGACCUCUAUAACCACACGUUUCACCUGAGUGACCCGUAAGACUGUGAAACUCGCCCGUCUCCCAUCCGACGCCGUUCAACCUGCGCUGGCGAGCAAGGAUGCGAGUGCCGGGCCGCGGCCGGUGAGGAUGUACGCGGCGUCCGGGAUGACGGAGUGCAAGGCGGAGGUCACGCCGUCGGAGCGUAACGGGCACCGCGUGUUCAGCUACACGCUGGAGAGCCACACGGCGGCCGCCUUCACCAUCAUGAAUGAGCUGCGGCUGGAGCGGCAGCUGUGCGACGUCACGCUAAGGGUCAAAUACAACGAGCUAGAGGCCGUGGACUUCGUGGCUCAUAAGGUGGUUUUGGCGUCUUCGUCGCCGGUGUUUCGCGCCAUGUUCACCAAUGGGCUGAAGGAGUGUGGGAUGGAGGUGGUGCCCAUCGAGGGGAUUCACCCCAAGGUCAUGGGGCGGCUCAUUGAGUUUGCGUACACGGCGAGCAUCUCUGUUGGUGAGAAGUGUGUGAUUCACGUGAUGAACGGGGCCGUCAUGUACCAGAUCGACAGCGUGGUGAAGGCCUGUUGCGAUUUCCUCGUGCAGCAGCUCGACCCAAGCAACGCUAUCGGCAUCGCCAACUUUGCCGAGCAGAUCGGCUGCACGGAGCUUCAUCAGAAGGCCAGAGAAUACAUCUACAUGAACUUCAGUCAGGUGGCUACGCAGGAGGAGUUCUUCAACCUUACUCAGUGUGAGCUGGUGACGCUGAUCAGCCGCGAUGAGCUGAAUGUGCGCUGUGAGUCCGAGGUGUUUCGUGCAUGCGUGGAGUGGGUUCAGUACGACCGCGAGAACCGCCGGCCUUAUGUGCAGGCGCUGCUGCAGGCCAUCCGCUGCCACUCACUCACACCUAACUUCCUGCGCCGGCAGCUCGAGCACUUCGAGUGGGACGCUCAGAGUAAAGAUUACCUGUCCCAGAUCUUCCAGGAUCUCACGCUGCACAAGCCCACCAAAGUCAUUCCCUGCCGGACGCCCAAAGUCCCGCAGCUCAUCUACACGGCUGGCGGAUAUUUCCGCCAGUCGCUCAGCUACCUGGAGGCAUUUAACCCCUGCACGGGUGCGUGGCUGCGAUUGGCCGAUCUGCAGACACCCCGCAGCGGGCUGGCAGCGUGCGUCAUCAGCGGUCUGCUGUACGCGGUGGGCGGGAGGAAUAAUGCUCCGGAUGGCAACAUGGACUCCAACACGCUGGACUGUUACAACCCCAUGAAUAACUGCUGGCUGCCCUGCGCGCCCAUGAGCGUCCCGCGCAACCGCAUUGGUGUGGGCGUCAUCGACGGCAUGAUCUACGCAGUGGGCGGCUCGCAUGGAUGCAUCCAUCACAACAGUGUGGAGAGGUAUGAUCCGGAGCGAGACUGCUGGCAGCUAGUGGCGCCUAUGCUGACGCGACGUAUCGGUGUAGGUGUGGCUGUGAUCAACCGUCUGCUGUAUGCGGUGGGCGGCUUUGAUGGGACUCACCGGCUGAGCUCGGCCGAAUGCUACAACCCCGAGAAAGAUGAAUGGAGGAGUGUGGCGUCCAUGAACACAGUCCGCAGCGGUGCAGGUGUGUGCGCGCUGGGGAACUACAUCUACGUGAUGGGCGGAUACGAUGGGACGAAUCAGCUGAACACGGUGGAGAGAUACGACGUGGAGACGGACAGCUGGAGUUUCACAUCAUCCAUGAGACACAGACGCAGCGCACUGGGAGUGACGGCGCACCACGGGCGCAUUUAUGUGCUGGGUGGGUAUGAUGGGAACACAUUCCUGGACAGCGUGGAGUGUUUUAACCCUGAAACAGACACAUGGACUGAGGUCACCAACAUGACGUCCGGCCGCAGCGGGGUCGGAGUGGCCGUAACCAUGGAGCCGUGCCAAAAGGGCCUGAGCCCGUGUCAGAAACACUAGCGCCGCCUCCGUCUCUGCUCAUUAAAGAUCUCUCUCUCUCUCUCUCUCUCUCUCUCUCUCUCUCUCUCUCUCUCUCUCUCUCUCUCUCUCUCUCUCUCUCUCUCUCUCCCAGCCAGUGUCAUUAGCGCACAGUAAAUCUGUUGUUCUGGAUGAACUUCAGUGUCAGUGCACCAGGAGAUCUCUGAACAUCAUGCACUUUGAGGUUCCUGCCUGUUUAGUUUGCAUUGCCAUUCGAGCAAAUGUGAAGGUUAAUCAUGCAGCAGCCUCUUCUAUUCAGUCGUGUGGAUGUCUACCUCCUUCCUGAGCCGAAUAAAGUGCCAUGACCCGCCGCCACAGUAUGUCUGAGGGCUCGAACCGCUCACAGUGCCAGUGAUGCCCGUUUGCUCAAUAAUACGUCACAGAGGUUUGAGCUGUGUGAACGGAGAUGGCCAAAACAAACCCUGACCUAACAGACACUUCAGUUUAAAAUCAGUUUCUGAUUAAGCUGUUUGGAUGAUUUUGUAUUCAGUAUGUACAAACAUACAAGAAAAUUUUUACUAAUGAAAUGAGAUGUGAAACGUUUCCAGAUUUAUCUAACUGUAUUCCAGCCUACAAAGGCAUUAGAUGCCAACGUCGUUUAUGCUCAAAUGAAAGCUGAUUUUCACAGGCUGAUAAAACAAUGUAUUUGUAAAAACCAAUUUAAGCUGCUUUUCCAGGGAAUUUGUACAUUGGUAUAUUGCAUGAAGUCUUGUUUUUUCUUUUUUUUUUUUAUUUAUUUGAAAUAUUGUCCCUUUGCUAUAUUGGUUGAUGUUGGCUUCUCAAUGGACUGAACUGGGGCUUAUUUUUACAAAUUAAAAUCUUUGUUUGAAAAGGGAUGCUUUUUCCUUUAAAUCACUCAAAAUUAAAUAUAAAGGAUUAUUUAAAGUCUGCUUUGUAAAUUUUACAGCAUCGAAUACCUUGUACAAAAUAUUGUAUAUUAAAGGCGUAUGUUUCUUGCA